UACUGCAUCCAUCUCAGGAGAGAACCCAGCAAGGCGGUCCAAAAAUAUAUAACUAGAAAUAAAAUUUAAUUCAGGUUUCUUUCUGGAUUCAGAUAGUCUUUUAUUUUCUUCUCGCCCAAGUCGUCAGCGUACAACCUUUCUCGGCUAUCCGACGAUCGUGCCAAAUUAUCACGGCCUUGCUCUGCUUCACUCUCCGAUCAUUGCUUUCUCGCAUCUUUAAGUUGUUUCUUCUGAAAAUCACAUGGCGGAUCAUCAACCCAUUGAAGGGUCAAGCACGAGUAAUGUUUCCGGUGGAAGUCCUGAAUCAACUGUGGAGCUGAACAUCAAGACUCUUGACUCCCAGAUUUACAGCUUUCACGCAGACAAGGAUAUGCCAGUUUCAGCAUUGAAGGAGAAAAUAGCUAGUCAAAUUGGUGUUCCUGUUGAGCAGCAACGACUUAUUUUUAGGGGCAAGGUCUUGAAGGAUGAUCAUCUUCUUUCUGAAUAUUAUGUUGAAAAUGGACAUACGCUACAUUUAGUUGAGAGACAGGCUACUCAGCAGCAACCUUCGUCUAGUUCGGAUAAUGGAAAUACAAGAACAAACACUGGAAGAGUUGGACAAGAACCUGGUGGUCCUGGUGGCUCACGCAAUCGUAUGGGACAAAUUUCACAUAGUGUUGUUUUGGGGACAUUCAAUGUUGGUGAACAAGGUGAAAAUGUCGGGUCAGAUCUGAGUCGGGUCAUUGGGGCUGUCUUAAACUCCAUUGGAAUUGGAGGUCAGCCUGGUACACAACCUAGCGUGCAGGUCCCCCAGAGGAGUGCAACAGGAGGAGUAAGAAAUGAUGCUGGCCACCAAAAUCAGGGGGGAAACCAGUCACAGCCUGGGCAAUCAUUUAAUAGUCAACCUAUGCCUCAUGCUGUGCAAAUUCCCCUUGGUGCUGCUGUUGCUCUUCCUUCACUCAAUAUGCCGAUUCCUGAUUCUCUGAACACAAUUUAUGAGUUUGUAAAUCGCCUGGAGCAGGGGAUGUCACAGCAGGGAUAUCAGCCUAGCCAAUCACCUAAUAUCACCGGUGAUCCACGCACAACUCAACUGCCUUCAACCACUCGUGGUGUUCCAACACCAGAGGCGUUGAGCAGUGUCUUGCGGCAUGCCCAGCAUCUUCUUGGUGGUCAUGCUGUAGCGGCAUUAUCUCAUGUUGCAGGGCGCUUGGAGCAGGAAGCAGGUUCUAAUGAUCCAACAAUAAGGGGACAAAUUCAGACUGAGUCAGCACAAGUAGGCCUUGCAAUGCAGCACAUAGGUGCUCUUCUUCUAGAGAUUGGGAGAACAAUGUUGACUCUGCGAAUGGGACAAUCUCCGGCUGAAUCUUCUGUCAAUGCUGGACCUGCAGUUUACGUAUCUCCUUCAGGUCCUAACCCUAUCAUGGUUCAGCCAUUUCCUCUUCAGACCAGCUCCCUGUUUGGUAGUUCUGCUUCAGCUCCAUCAAAUCCUGGGGCUUUCGGACCUGUUGGAAUUGGGAACAUUUCAAGACAUGUAAAUAUUCAUAUACACACUGGGACACCGCUAGCUCCUUUUGUUUCUGGGGUUGGAGCCAGGACGAACAAUGGGGAAGGAACUCCGGGCGAACGUGCCAAUGGCACUGCUUCUGGUGAAUCUGCUCAAUCGCGAGUUCAAGGUGUCACAAAUGUCAACACAACAGCUGUUCCAUUACGACCUGCAGUUGUUGCUGUCUCUGGUACCCUAGAACCCAGUGUUGGUGUUUCACUGCCUCCAGAUCUUUUUCCACUGUCAACAGUUGUAUCGGAAGUGAAUUCACAAAUCAGAAAUUUUGUUGGCAAUAUUCGGGGUGGACACCAGGCCUUAGCAGUAGAGAGUUCAACUGUUCAAGAGAGAGCUGUUGGUGCUGCUGCUGCUGGAGAUGAAGGUAGGAGCAAUGAACAGAAUAAUAUCUCGUCUGGCCAUGGAUUUGGGGAGACUAGCCAACCAUUCCCUGGUGUUUCUAACACGACAAAUCAGGAGACACAGCCUUCUGGCCACCAGCCUAGCAAUAGUAAGGAUAGUGGUGUUGCUGUGAACCCAAAAUAUGAACCUUCCAGCAGUUCACUUGGGGGCUCUAAUGAACCAUCAAGCACCCCGGUGGUAGUAACUGCAGAAGGGGCUUCAAGUUCCAGUCAAGCCAUGGAUACACCUGGUGGUUCAUCCACUACUCCUCUUGGGUUGGGCCUUGGAAGUUUGCAACCUAAGAGGCGAAGUAGGCAAUCAAGGUCUCAAGGCAACAGUGGUAGUAGCUCUUUGGUCACUUCUAAUCAGACUGAACAACCUAGAAUUGCGGGGCAACAGGUUUUGCAAUCUCUUGCAUCACUUGCAGCUAGAAGCAAUGGAAAUACUCAGGCUUCAGGGCAGUUGUCACAACCUGCUGGGGUAGUUGUGGAUACUCUACCUCCUACAGAAGAAAAUGCUGAUGGCCAGUUUGACAUCGGCAGUUCUAUGUCUCAGGUUCUCCAAAGCCCUGCCUUGAAUGGUUUGUUGGCAGGUGUUUCCCAGCAAACUGGUAUAGGUUCGCCAAAUGCUUUGAGGAACAUUAUGGAGCAACUAACUCAGAACCCAGCCAUGCGGAAUACAGUCAAUCAAAUUGCUCAACAGAUUGACAACCAUGACCUUGGAAACAUGUUCUCCAGCUUGGGUGGAUGUCAAGGUGGUGGCUUUGAUUUAUCAAGAAUGAUGCAACAAAUGAUGCCAAUUGUUUCUCAAGCUCUUGGUGGUGUUUCUACUGGGCCCCAACCAACACUUGCUAUGGGGCCUGAUCUCAUGGGCAGUAGAUCAACGAUGGAUGUUGUGUCAACUGUUGAAAACUCUCAGCCGGAUCAGGUUGGCGUCCAACAAGUGGCUCGAGGGAUUGAACAACAAAGUCCUCCAGGAGAAAUUUUUCGCUCAAUGGUUGAAAAUGCUUUACAGUUGUGCGAAGGUGACAAUGUCCAGGGGAAUGUUGUAAAUGAAUUAUGCAGCGAUGAGGGGCUUGCUAAUGAAUUCAUGGAGAUGCUGCGGCAGGAUAUUUCGCGACGACUUGAUGAUAGAAGUAGCCCCUAGGGCUAGGGUCACACAAGCAUGGUUCGUUUUGUCUUUGUCAAUACUCUCUGUAAUCCAUUUUUUGUCCAGGCUCUGAGGUAUUAUCGCGAUAUUUGGCAGUAUUGCUCAAAAUUAUUCUCCCUUUGACAGUUGCUUAGUUUCCUGUAACCGGAGCACAGACCGUUUGUACAAAUUUAGAAGUGGGGUCUUUUAUCUGUUAAGUUUUGAGUUCCCAUUGUUUUGGGACUAAGUGGUUUUUACUAAUUUCUGUAUAAGUUGCUGCGAGAGUUUGAUACAUCUAGUUUUCAUGUUA